AUGGAAGAGUCCCAUCCCUCCGAGCUGCAGCUCCCAGCUCGUGAGGGCGAUGAAUUUAAGGGGGGUGGUGAUGACUGUGGUGGGGAGGGCGAUGCCGUGGGGUGCACACAGGAGGCAGGGAGAGCUGAGCUGCUGGACUACAAGGUCGACUGGGAUGAAGUUGUGGGAGAGGGAAGUUUUGGCGUCGUGUACCGGGGGAGGCACGUCAGCAACGCUACGGAGGUGGGUGUUUUAACUCUCAAGGGGAGUUUGGAGCUGCGGGAGGAGCUCCGCAAGGAGGCCGAGAAGGGCGCCAUGUUGCUGCUGAAGCAAUGGCCAGGUGUAAUUCAUCUUUUAGGAACGUUUGACACUGUUGAGGAGGACACCGUGACUGUCAUGUCCAUGCUGCAGCUGCGUGGUGUGGAGGACAUGCAGGCGUUCUUUACGCGUGAUGUGGCCAAAAAGGAAGAGAAGAAAGGAAAAGGGGAGUUGGACGAUGAUCCGGCCUCCAUCGCACCGGAACAAUCUUCCUCGUUCACGGGCUGCUGCGGCGCGGAGGAGGGGGCGUGUUCGCGCCUCUUCAAUGAGAAUGAAGCAAAAGGGAAGAGGGAAGAAGAAGAAGAAACGGAUAAGGGAGAGGCCAAAACUCACCGCGCGGAGGAGAAAAAAUAUGCUGCUGCUGGUGUUGCUGGUGAGAAGACGCAGAGCUUACCGCCACCAGCAUCGUUGGCGCAGCGGCAGGGCGGUGCAUUGUCUGUUGGCAAGUACAUGGUGCAGCUGGGAAGUGUCUUGGGAAGAGGGAAGUUUGGAACUGUCUACCGCGGGUGGCAUCGGGAGGAAGGCUACGAGGUUGCCGUGAAGAUUCUCAAGGGGCCAGUGAGCAAGCGAGCAAAAAUGCUCAUUGAACCGAGAGAGUUGGGUCGACUACAAAAGCUGGACCACCCGAAUAUUCUCCGCAUGUUUGGUGCCUUCCGACACGAAGAAAAGGAUAGGAAUGAAAUGACGCUGGCGCUUGUCUUGGAGCUCUGUCAAGGGGGCGACUUGAAGGAGUUUCUCGCAAGAAACGAUCCGCUCUCUGAGCGACAGGCGAAGCACAUUAUGCGACAGCUUGUAGACUUUCUUUGCUUUCUUAAAAGCAACCGCAUGAUGCACCGCGAUUUGAAGCCUGCGAAUAUUCUUCUGACGACCACGAAUAUUGACAGGGCGGUGGUAAAGGUGGCGGAUUGGGGCAUGGCAAAGCAAAUAUCUAAUUUUGGCAGCAGUAUUUGCGUCCCUGAUGCGAAUGUCAUGUUUGAAUCGGCUGUUGGAACGGUGGCGUACAUGUCGCCGGAGAGACUCUCACGAGAAUUGUACGACUUCCAGGCGGAAGUAUGGGCUCUAGGAGUCAUCAUGUAUGAAUUACUUUUUGCUAGGCACCCUUAUUUGCAUUCUGCUUCCUCUGUUCGCACGCCAGAGGAGCUUCUGAAUGCCAUUACGCGUGCAGAAGAGCUAGAAAUGUCAUGUAACGUUUUUCGCUCAGAAAACAAAAGAAAGGAAGGAAAUGUGUUCAAACAACAUCAGUCGGAGGUGAACCCUUUUUCACGUGAGUGCUACGAGCUUAUGCGGCACAUUUUGGAUCCAGAUUCGAAAACUCGCUACACCAUUGAACAGGUGCGAGCCCAUCCGUGGAUUUCCCAACCGGAGAAAAUGCGCGCAACAGAAGAGGUAAAGGCCGUAACGAACACAGUGGAACCGGCUGUAGCUCAUGGAGAAAAAUUGAAUACUGCAAAAGUAAUAAAAGCAGAAGAUGUUGUGGCUGCCACGACCAAAAUAAUUAAGGCAGAAGAAUCGGUCACAACAGAGAUGGCGGCGACCGGACCAUCAGCAGGGGUUACUGGCAUCCCACUUCGAGUUCCCUCUUCAGAGGACGAGGUGGCGGGACCAUUACAUGUCCAGGGUCUUGGUUCUAACUGGAGUCCUUUGCAACGUCAGCAACUUAUCUACCAGGCCUUUCGUGAGUAUUUUUACAUUUUACGGUAUGAUGUUCUGGAGGCGGAGAGCGACCCGGGGCGUGGGCUUGUGUUGUUGUCCUACGCCUGGGAACUUCUCCGUGCGGUAGCAAGGGCGGCAUUGCUGGAGGAACACCGUUUAUCUGGUGGAACGGUCUGCCUGGACGCCUCUAGCAGUAUUUGUUACAGUGCCCGGAGUUCUUCUCGAUUUGCUCUUCCCGACGAUAUUAAGUUAAUGGAGAAUUACAUUCAUGAAACCGCUCAAAGACUGAAGCGGAAUUUGCCAUGCCUCACUACUCACAUAUCAAUGGGUGCCGAGACAUUGACAUUCUCCACAGGGAGUAUGUGUGGGAUGGAAGCAUCCGGUGAAUCCUUAACCCCACUGCCAGCGAAUCCGCAGAAGUUGACAUACCCCUCCGCACAUACCUUGUUAUUCGAACGCACUGUUUCGCUCAUUCGUGCUGCAGCCACCGAGGAACUUAUGCUUAGUGACAGCCAUGAGCAAGACAACGUCAUGGAGGAAGAAGAGGUACGACCCGAGGGUGAACGAUAUCGGCAGAAACGUAUGUAUGAAAAAGCCAUAGCCAUUUUACGGCUGAUUCUUCAGCAAGUCGUUGUUCGUUGUCAGUCGUCUCUUCAUUACCCCUUUCCUCCUGUUGUAACGGACACGGAAGAAAGCAACGGUAUGCAGCUGCUGACAAUACCACUUGUCCCACUUGAGGAUGAAGCCGACCAACGCACCGUGCAGGCGCUUUUGCAUACGGUAGAAAAACAUUACCGGCGUCUUGUCAACGUGAAGUAA